UGGGUAGAGGAGAGUGGUUUCAACCCCUGAUGCGCCGCAUUUAGAGCUAAGCCUCAAAAUUAUUCAACUAUUAAACAUGAGCGGCUUAAUGCAGCAGAUACAUAGACCAUCUGAUUCUGAAAAGAAUUGAAAUCACUACGAGACGAGAAGAGAGAGCGGGGGAUGGACGGAGAGAUAAAGAGUGGGGGAAGGUUGGUGCUUAGCUAAAAACUUUAGGGCUAAUCAAUCUUGCAGAGAAAGGGGGGAGUACGUAAGAAAGAGGGAAGAAGAAGAAAGAGAAGGAGGGGAGGAAUGCUUGUAGAGGGAGAGAGGGAUUAUUCACCAUUUCAAACGAAUAAUUGCGUAUUGUGUGAAUCUGGCACACACAGAGAGAGAGGGAGCGAGGGAGGAAAAGAGAGAGCAUCAAGUUGAAAAAGACCUAAAGAUCAAAGAGAUCCACAAAAAAAUAGAGGGAAAGAAUUCUCAACUGCCAAGAAAAGGGGAAGAACAAGAACUGAAUUUAAAAAAAAAGUGUUUUCAUGAUCUCUAAAAUCUCUCUGCAUUGGACUUGGAAUAAGCUUCUCUGCAGUUACAACCACCCGAUACCAACCAACGAAAGAAGACUUCGCUUUAACAUAAACUUUGGAACAGCGAACAGGAGCUGAAGCCCUGAACAUACGAUAACAGAACAUGAAAGAGAAACGAACGAACACGGCAUUGGAAUAGAGAGAAACUCAGAGUGAGCACAGGUGCAGAAGAGAAGAGAAAAGAGAGAGAAUCGAGUGAAGAGAAAAAAGAGACGAGAAGGAACAUUUCAGAGGGUAUAUUAUUUCUGGGUCAUCCCCCCCGAUGAGAGGACAACACCUGCCAGGGGUGCAGUGAUGGGUGAGCUCAGCUGCCCCAGUGCAUCGUGGGGGAGAGAGGGUGUGAAGGCGCUCGUGCUCUGUUCGCUCCUAGUAGUCGUACACACAUCCCAUGCCCAGCCUCCCCUCCCUCUCUCCCUCCUGGCCAAAAUCAUGGUCCCCCCUCCCUGGCAUGCUCUGCCCCUGUCGCAGGCUGAUCUUGGCCCAUUGUUCUCCAACUCCAGCCCCUUCGCCUUCACCCAGUCCCUGCUCAUGGUGCCUCCGGCUGGGGCAGUCUCCAAAGCGGGGGUUCGGGCUUCAUUCGGGCCUUACUCUGUCAGCCAGCUGGUCUCUGGGCCCAUCCUCCCCCUCUCCCCUCCUCUGUCUGCCUCUCUCCUCUCUAAACACGUGGAGAGAGAGGGGGAUGAAGGAGGAAAGGAGAGGUACAGGGUGCGGGUGUUGUUCCAUGUACGAGGGGACACCAGCAGAGGGAGCUGCAUCGCCCUCCACGCCUUCAAAGAGACCGAGGAGCAGAAGGCUUCGUGUAUCACACAGCCUCCACUGGGUCUAUGUGUGGUGACCCUGGCCCUACCGAAGGACUGGUUUGAGGCGGACCAGACCAGCCAGCCCUACCUCAGCCCCAACCAGCAUGCCCGGCAGACACACCACACCCGUAAUCGGGGACGACGGCACGAAGGUGGUGUCGUCGGUGGAACCGGUGGCAUCCGCUUCCCAGGCACUCUCCGAUACAGCCCCGCCCACGCCGGCGACCGCAUCCAGCUGUACUACUCAUUGUUCGGCACAGCAUCCAACCUCAAACUAGCACCCCCUAGGUGUGUGCAAGACAAAUUACCGCAGUCUCAGAGAGAGUUGUUUUAUAUAGGAGCUGUGACUCUGAGGGAGUACAAUAAGCAGAAAGAAGCCAACGGGACCAAAGAGAAAAUAGGCUGUUGCAAUGGACAGGAAGAGGAGGAGCUAUGGUUGGAUUCCAACGUGCUGAUUCGCUAUCGCAGGGGACCGGUCCGAGCGGGACAGCCAAUAGGGGUUUCUGUGAACCUGAGGCCCAGUUUCAGUGCAGAGUUUGUUGUUAUCCGACUGAAGGUGAAGAAAGGCCUUUUGUCUCUAGUUGCCCAGCGCUCUCUGAACUCUGACCUCUGGGUUGUGAACCUGGAGAGAACCCAGGGCUCCAAACAUGAUGUCAUCUCCAUCAUCUGCCACAAACUGGCCAGACACAUGGACAGCGACGGUCCCGCUGCUCUGCAGCAGGUUGCCUGUCUGUCAGUGGACGGCUUGCGAAGGAGUUUCGGCGUUGCCAUGACGGUAUCGGCCAGCUGGCGGGUAGAGUACUCAGGCCGUAAAAACCCUCCGCCACCACACGGCGGAGUAGUGAGCAGCUUCUCCUUCACUGACAGAGAGAUAGUGGGCAUCUCUCCCAUAACUGAAAGUGGCAUGAUCAUCAACACGGCCAUCUUGACCAGCGAGCCCGUGUCACUUCCUGUCAUUGUGCUGGCAGUGGGGCAUGAUGGGAAGGUGUCGGAUAUCACCGCGGCGGUGAAGUGCCAGUCGUCCAACGAUGAUAUCGUCAAGGUGUCAAGCGAUUGCUCCACCCUCUUUGUCGACGGAAGUGAAUCAGGGGUGGGCAGCACCUGUGUAGGGGUGGAGUUUCUCCUGGGCACGCUCAGUGGGUCCCUGUGUCUGUCCGUGUGGGCUCCUGUCGUCCCGCUGCGCGUCUCACUGUCCGACAACGAGCUGAGCCCCAUCGAGGGUUGGAACCACUACACGGAGAACGGCUGUUCUCCAGUGUACCAGAGGUCCACAGUUCAGGUUCUGACCCAGUUCAGUGCUCAGGGGGGGCAGGGUCAGCUGACCUACCUGCUGGGCUCCUCUGAUUGGUUUGUGGAUGCCACAGAGAUGGUCCGUAAUUGGCUGAGGGUAGAGAAUCCUCGAGUGGCGGUCCUCGACAAGCAGAGCAAUCUGAUUGGUCUACACCCGGGGAAAACUUCAGUUCAUGUCAUAUCAAGCCAAUGGGACGGUGUUCUGGGUAGCUGUGAUGUCAUCGUGACCUCUGAACCCGUGACCCCAGGUGACCUCUCAGUGCAGGUUGUGGGAGGACUCGGUAUGUCAAUCAAUGCAAGCCCUGCCCAUCCUGCUGUUGUCACGGCAACAGUGACAGCAUAUAACAUCCUCUACCACCAUGGGCAGGAAGCGUCCAUCAGUGUCUGGCUCCAGUUCAGUGAUGAAAGCGCCACGUUGCUCUCCACCUUCAGCCGUGGUACUUUCGCCCUUCGCCUCUCCUCAUUGGCAGAGACCGUGGUUGCCGUGAUGCCCGGCCCGUUGCUGCGCGUCAUCGCCCAGGGCGAAGGGGGCGGGCCUUUACUGAAAGCAGAACUCCUGGUCACCACCUGCAAGGCAAUGUCUAACUCCGUUGAUGGGAACCUGGCCAAUUCAAAAGAAGGAAGCGGAACCAGGAGGCUGGCUAAAGGAUCAGGUUGGAUCAGGGUGAACCUGGACUCAGAACUUCGUCCAAUGGGAAGCGAGGAGGCGGACUUUGAGCUGCUCGACAUUUCGGACAUGCUGGUUGAGUCAUCGGAUAGGGACGUUAAGUACAGCAACUUCCUGGACAAUGACAUCAUCAUAGGGAACGUCACCACCGUCAAAGGUGACGACGACUAUGACAAGGCCGGCGAUGGGAUGAUCGCCAGGAACGACCUGGAGAGAGCGGUGUUGACCCCAAAUCACGAAGAAAGCGCUGUGUACUUCUCUCCCGGGGUGGAGAGAGAGAGGGAGAAGAAACUGGAGGAUACAGAGCUGGGGGUGGGUGUCGGGGCAGUUCUCUCACUUCUCUGCCUCUCCGUACUCCUCUUCCUGGUGAAUUGUCUGCCCUGCGCUUUGAGGGAGAGGAGGAUGAGGAGGAAGGACAUGAACAUGGAGGGGGUGGAGGGAGUGGUGAAGGAAGAGGGGGAGGAAGGACAAGAGAAGGAGGCAAAGGAUGUUGCAGAAAAGAUCGACAAAAUAACAUCGUACCCCAGGGUAAUAUCACUCCAUGAGACUAUUCCAGAAGAGAAGGAGGGGCAGCCAGAUCAAAGCAUUGACCAUUAAGGCUGCAUCUGAAUAGGCACCCCAAUCCUUUUAAGAGUUAAGAGCCCUGGUCAAAAGUAGUGCACUAAGUAGGGAAUAGGGUUCCAUAGGGCUCUGGUCAAAAGUAGUGCACUAUGUAGGGAAUAGGGUUCCAUAGGGCUCUGGUCAAAAGUAGUGCACUAUGUAGGGAAUAGGGUUCCAUAGGGCUCUGGACAAAAGUAGUGCACUAUGUAGGGAAUAGGGUGCCAUUUCAUUCAGGAGAGAAAGGUUGUUGAUAAAAUCCUCAUUCUUAGGAAAAUUGACAAUAUACUUUUUGUCACAGUGUCACCAACAAUGUAUCUUAACGUCUUACAAGGUCAUCUUCGUAUAGGCUAGUCUUUUUCUCAGUUAUUUAUUUCUGAAUGUUUGUCUAUCUACCGUCGCACAUAUACAGUAACUAUACAACAUAAGUUAAAUAUGUGUGCAGAAACAAUGCACGUACACGACUGUACACAUCUGCCAUAUUUAUUUGAUUGGUAUUAUUUCACAUUUAUCCAUAUACAAUUGGUUGUCAUAUCUUUUUCGAUGUAGGACUCAAUGCAAUCCGUAUCGCUGAAGUUCACCGCUGUAUUGCAAUUGAAUUUUAAAGGCAGCGUUCCCUCGUUCGCGGAGACUGAAUUCACGAUAAAUACUGCACAUUUCAGCUCAAUCGGAAACGACCUUUACAUUUCAAGCGCGCUGUAGCGCUGAACUUCGGCGAUAUGGAAUGAAUCAAGCCCUUUUAGGCCUAUUGACGAAAUAGUAUAGGGUUGAAAAAUCCUGGUAAUUUUCCCAAACAAUCCCGCCAGGAUGACUCCCAGUUGUAGGAUGCCGACAUGCUUUUCCCCUCCUAAACCGAGAUUCUCCAAUUGGGAUUUCUGUAAGAACUGAGAAUUUGGGAAUCAACACCCCCCUCCCCACUUUUCCCAGGGGGCCAGAGCUGAAUUCUGAAUUCCCCCAUUCUGAACCCACUCUGCAGGCAUACUAUCAGUGUGUAAAAAGUACUCAAUUGUCAUACUUGAUUAAAAGUAAAGAUACCUUAAUAGAAAUUGACUCAAGUAAAAGUGAAAGUCACCCAGUAAAAUACUACUUGAGUAAAAGUAUUUGGUUUUAGAUAUACUUAAGUAUUAAAAGUAAAUGUAAUUGCUAAAAUAUUCUUACGUUUCAAAAGUAAAAGUAUAAAUCAUUUCAAAUUCCUUAUAUUAAGUGUUGUGUAAAUUCAACACAGGGACACUUACUGACUUUAUUGUCCCCAGGGGGAAAUUUUGUUGCAGUGUCAUGUACACGUUUAAGGUGGCGUUUAAAUACAAAACAAAAUUGACAAUACAACUUUCAUAACAGUUACAUACCAAUAAAAAAAAAAAAAAAAAAAGACUAGGCUGCUGGCCUUACUGAGUCGAUAGGAACAUUUGCCCGAGCUAUUUAGGAGGGAUAUCACACCUGGCACAAAUGAUUGUCUAGUUCUGUUUUUCCUGCUGAGGGGUGCCCUGCGCCCAGAGGGGAGUAGUUCAAAGUCCGGGUACAGGGGGUGGCUUGGGUCUAAAAUGAUUUGGAAGUCAAUACUAAAUGAAUCACUCUUUAUUGUCAGUAAGCUGGAGAGGUCACAGUCAAACUUAGAUGCACUUUCAAACCCUUCAUUCUGGGUUACCCAAUCUAGUUAGUAACUGAUCCAAGCACAGGCAGGAACCAAAGAUUAUAUAUGACGAAAGAGACAAGAUGAACACUUUCAGGACUGUCCCUCCAGACUAUACAUUUCCUUCACAUAAGCAAACCAUUUAUUUAUGGCUAGCCAGGGGCACACUCCAACACUCAUAUGCCAUUUACAAAUAAAGCAUUUGUGUUUAGUCAAUCCGCCAGAUCAGAGGCAGUAGAGAUGACCAGGGAUGUUCUCUUGAUAAGUGCUUGAAUUUGACCAUUUUCCUGUCCUGCUAAGCAUUCAAAAUGUAACGAGUACUUUUGGGUGUCAGGUAAAAUGUAUGGAGUAAAAAGUACAUAAUUUUCCUUAGGAAUGUAGUGAAGUAAAAGUUGUGAAAAAUAUAAUUAGUAAAGUACAGAUACUCAAAAACACUACUUAAGUAGUAUUUUAAAGUAUUUUUACUUAAGUACUUUACACCACUGCAGACUACUUCAUUGGUUGCUUGGUGGGAGGCAUCAGCAUUAUUCUUUGAGCCAUUGUUUGACCAUCAGACUUGCCAGUCUUAACUUGCAUGAGUAUCACGGCAAAUCUCAUGUGAGUGCAAACCAUCUAUUGGCACAAUGGACAGUUUUAACAUCUCGUCCCGUGUUUUAUGAUUCUGAACCCCCCCAUUGUCAGUUUGUAUUAAAUUGUCUAGGCAUAUUGCACUAGCGUUUAUGAUGGGAAUGCAGUAGUUUAAACCUCACAUUCAUGUAGCCUCUAAGAAAUAUGAUGGUCAAUUUGCCAUGGGCUUGAUGUGACUGACUGCUUGGGGAUAUAGUUAAAAUUAUUUUUUCACCACACCAGUCUAGCAAAAGCUCAUGUCAUAACAGUACAUUAUCAAUAUCAUAGAUCAGGGUUAUAUUUUUCUUAUAAAACUCACCGAAAAUGACGAUACGUGUUACAUGAACUAUAUUGUUGGACAAAAGUAAUUCAAUUGAAAUUAAAAAGGGGGAGUCAUAUUGUACCUUCACAGUUGCUCCCUUCAGAUUAGUGACGUCUGGACUAAGGAGUCCUUCACUCAUUAGAUGAACUAGGUGCAGGUGGUUAUGACCAGAGGUUGCUUCAGAAGCCUGGGACGGCGCACAAAUAUUCAAGUACGAGCACGGACUGGAGCAGGCGACCAAAAUCAAACAACGCAGAUCAUAAAAACGACCCCAUUACUUACAGCGUGAUUCUGCAACAGAAAGCCCCCCAAAAAUAUUUACUACCAUUUUCAAUGAAUGUUAUGCAAAUGAAAUCAAUUUCUUGAUUGUGGAUUAAUACAAUAAUUAUCUAUCAACCUAACCAAGAUGGAAAAAAACGGCACAUUCGUUUUCGAGAUUGUCUACAGAUCUAAAACAAGUUAAGUACAGACGCAAAAAAGUGAUCACAUUAUGGAAAAAUAUAUUUAUUUUGCACAUGCAGAUCCUUCUACACAUAACAUCAUCUUAGAAGUGGUAAAUACAAAAUGGAAGUUAACAUGCUAAACAGUUGAUAACAUUGCAGCCCUCACCAGCUUCUGAGCAGUACAACGUUUCUCUGUCAAAAUGUGUUGAUGUACUAAUUCCCUCUUGUGGUGACUUUGUGUAUGGCAUCUGCUGAGACGAUUUCAAGUAGGCAUCCUUGCUUCAGCUUCAAGGCAUGUGUCAAGUAUGAGGUAUCAGUCAUUUGAAUCUCAGUUUUACAUGUCGGGUGUAUUACCAGUGGUCCACAAAAAAAUAAAAAUAAUAAUACAUUUAAAAAACUCA